CAUAACGCCUUUGUGGAGUGAACGUCGAUCGUCGUCCGUUGCCGCCGGCCAGCUCAGGACAGUGCGAGUGUGUGUUGGGCCUCCAAGCGGGAGUUCGCGCGUAGGACUUUCUUCAUUCUCUCCGCUCAGCCUCCUCCUCCGCCUCCAAGGCUUCAACACCAUGACCUCGUCCUUGAACGAACAGAUGACAGUGUCGACGACGAUGCUGCCGCACUACGACUCGCCCCUGCCGACGCUGUACGAGCCGCAGCCGCAGCCGCCGAAGCCACGACUCAUGUUCAAGAUGCCCCGAGUCGUCCCCGACCAGAAGUCCAAGUUCGAGUCGGACGAACUCUUCCGCCGACUCGCCAGGGAGACAGAGCAGGUUCGAUACACAGGCUACAGGGAUAGGCCUAUGGAAGAGAGACGGCAGAGGUUCCAGGCCGGAGUUCGAGAAGGACACACAGAAGUGGCGUUUAUGACCAACGGAACGAAUAUGUGCUUGCAACUUUCAACAUCCGGGUUUUCGAAUAAUGCAAAGGAGAUUGAUUUCGAUAAAGAACCAGGAAAGGUCCACCUCCGGUCCCCCUUCAUCAUGAACGGCGUCUGCGUCAGGUGGAGAGGCUACGUCGACCUCGAGAGACUCGACGGCGUCGGCUGCUUGGAGUUCGAUGAGGAAUCCGCUGCUGAGGAGGAUCGUAUCCUUCGGGAGGAGAUCGAGAAGUACAAAGCUCGCCUUCGGGAGUUCGAGGAGAAGCAGCGCGCCUUCAGAGUCCCCACGACCAGCCACGCCCACUCCGCCCACACGCACCCCCACGCCCACACGCACCCACACGCCCACACCGAGCAGGCCAACAUCCAAGUGCGCUAGCAGAUUCUCAGCCUUCUGCAUCGCAAAAGUUGACUUCCACGCAACUAAGAAAAUUUCGAUGUCAGAAGAACUGCGGGACGUACAUACCAGUGUUGUCUGCGUGUAUAUAUAUAUAAUUUGCGUGUGUCAGUGCGUGUGUGCUUUAUUAUUAUUAUUAUUUUUUUAUAUAAGCACGUGUGUGUACUUGGCUUUCUUCUGUAUUUUUGUGCAUGACGAAGGAAGAGAGAGUAUUGACCAAUCAUUGGGUCGAUACACGGUGUAGCGCCGCCCACCAUCUCUCUGAAUGGAUGCUAAGGAUGAUGACGUCAUGGGAAUUCCGGCCAAUCAGGAACGACAGAUCUCUACAAGAGCCAAUUGAAAGUGUGAAUGCAAGGCAUCUGAAAAUAGUAAUAACAUUACUAUUGUGCAUAUGAUUGCGUGAAUUACGUGUGACGAAGUGGUUUUCCUGUACAGUGCGUGCAUUUUCACAAUGAUGUACAACGGCGAGAUAUAUCAAGAGAUAGGUUGAUAAAUCUUCGCCUUUUCCCAAAUAUAUUGGAGACUCAAUCUAACACAGGUGUUAGAAACUCAUCUAACAAAUGUCCUGAAGGUUAGUCUAACACAGGCCAUAGGGAGCGGUCCUGCCAAGACAAAAGACUUGAGAAAAAGACUUAAAAUGAAUACUGGUUUGAGACAGGUUAAGGUAUAAAAUAUGUAAUAUAGGCGGAUUAAGCUAAACCUGCCCAAGCCAGUUGUCGUGUGUGUGUGUGUGUGUGUGUGUGUGUGUGUGUGUGUGUGUGUGUGUGUGUGUGUGUGUGUGUGUGUGUGUGUGUGUGUGUGUGUGUGUGUGUGUGUGUGACCAAGCUUAACCUAGCAAAUGCCCUGUCCUUGCUAACGUAAAAAUGUACUAACAUAUAUUGUACACCCUCGCCAUGGCACUUUCAGCUGUGACUAAUCUAACGUUUUUUUUAAACACUAAUUACUCUUUUUAAUUGAUGGCAGCAACAGUUUCUCAUUGUAAUUAAAGGUGUUUCGUUUUUCUUUAUUUUUAAUUGUAGUUUAGCUCGUGAUUCUGUGGGCCAAGUCUUGAUUAUAUAGUGAAUACCAAAGAUUUAUUAAUAUUUAUUGCUAUAGAUGUUCGGAUGAGCUUCCCUCCCCCCUAAUGGCUAUGGCUUCGGUCACGUUGAUGGUCAAUUGUUUAUUGUUGUUGAAUGACUUCGAUGUUUGUGUAAAUUACCUAAGCCUGCUUGAUUAAUAUUCAUCAGCUUGGCACAGGUAAAGAAAUUGUUAUGACUGAAGUUUUUAUGAAAAAAGAGAGAUAAAUUUACACUCCUGUGUGGGGGGUUGGCAACCUUGGCCAGCCAAGACUUUUGUAGAAAAUAUCUAGAAGUGAAUGAACUUUUUCUCGCAAAAAAACAUCCCAUUAAAACUGAAUGUGGUUUGCCCUUUAUAGUAUUAUUUUAAGAUGACCUUGUUAAAAUUAGAAUCAAGAUUAAAUACAAAAGAAAUUAGUAAAUAGAAAAAAAAAAACUCGUGUGCAAUAUAAAAAAAAGAACAUCAAUAAAGGCUCCUCCUGGCCAGCACAAAUGGCCGACUUUGGAACGACUUUCGGAGAGAUAGUUAAGGUCUAAAUGAAAACCGUUUAAGAAAUAUAUUGGGUGUGUGAGGGAGAGUGGAGAUGGGGGGGGGAGGGGAGACUCUCCAUCAGAUAAUUAAUGGGGUUUAAUUUCUGCACAUGUAUAUACACGAUAUAUAUAUUUAAGGUUUCUUUUUUUUUUAAAUGAUGAAGUCCUGAGAUUUCACAUAUUUAUUCAUCCUUCCCUUGCCCCGUCACCGUUAACCCCAUACAUUUUCCCCUCUCUUUCUCCCCUCUCCUCUACCCAUGCCCUGCGUAUAUGUACACUGAUGUAUAAUGUAUAGUUGACACUGUAGACUUCAUCAAUAAAAUGUUUUUUUUUGGUUUA